AUGCCAUUUGAAAAGGAAUUACUAGUAGCGACCCAAGCAGUCCGCAAGGCAUCCCUUCUAACCAAACGAAUCCAAUCUCAAGUGAUUGCACAUCGUUCCUCCACCACAAUCACUAAAAGUGAUAGUUCUCCUGUCACUAUUGGUGAUUUUGCUGCUCAGACUAUCAUAAUUAAUGCCAUUAAGGCUAAUUUCCCACAGGAUAAUGUCGUUGGUGAAGAAUCCUCUGACGGGUUGGAUGAUGCAUUCGUUGGUGAAAUUUUGAAAGAAAUUCAUUUGAAUGAUCAAAUUUAUAAGGAUCAGGGGUACGAUGAUACUGAAGGUAUGAGUUUCACUAAUGAACAAUUCCCCUUACAAAGUAUUUCGGAUGUUAAGACGGUACUCAAUUUAGGGAAUUAUGAAGGUGGAGAUAAGGGUAGAUUUUGGUGCCUGGACCCAAUUGAUGGAACGAAGGGAUUCUUGAGAGGUGAACAAUUUGCUGUUUGUCUAGCUUUGAUUGUGGAUGGUGUUGUGCAAGUUGGUUGUAUUGGUUGUCCAAAUUUGAAAUUGAAUGAUUAUGAUACAAAUGUGAAAGAUUUGCCAGGGUUUGAAUCGUUUGGAUAUUUGUAUCGUGCUGUUAGAGGCCAUGGUGCUUUCUAUUCUGUUGCUUCCAAUCCUGUAGAUUGGAUUAAGAUUCAUGUUAGACAAUUACCAGAAACUAAGGAUAUGAUUUCCUUGGAAGGUGUCGAGAAAUCACAUUCUUCUCAUGAUGAACAAUCUCAAAUUAAAUCAAAAUUAGGUGUCACAAAAUCUUUACAUUUAGAUUCUCAAGUGAAAUAUUGUUUGUUGGCUCAAGGUUUAGCUGAUCUUUAUUUACGUUUACCAAUAAAAUUAUCUUACGAGGAAAAAAUUUGGGAUCAUGGUGCUGGUAAUGUUAUUGUCCAUGAAGCUGGUGGAUUCCAUACUGAUUCUUUGGAUAAUGUUCCAUUAGAUUUUGGUAAUGGUAGAACUUUGAAAACUAAAGGUGUUAUUGCCUCAAGUGGUCCAAAGGAAUUACACGAUCUGGUUGUUUCCAUUUCUAAUGAAGUCAUUAAUUCAAGAAACUAA